CAUGAACUACCCAUCCGCCAGCCCUGGAUCUCUGGUUAAGCACAUCUGUGCCAUCUGUGGGGACAGAUCCUCAGGAAAGCACUACGGGGUGUAUAGUUGUGAAGGCUGCAAAGGGUUCUUCAAGAGAACCAUAAGGAAAGACCUCAUCUACACAUGUCGGGAUAAUAAAGACUGCCUCAUUGACAAGCGUCAGCGCAACCGCUGCCAGUACUGUCGCUAUCAGAAGUGCCUUGUCAUGGGCAUGAAGAGGGAAGCUGUGCAAGAAGAAAGACAGAGGAGCCGGGAGCGAGCCGAGAGCGAGGCAGAAAGUGCCAGCAGUGGCCAUGAAGACAUGCCUGUGGAGAGGAUUCUAGAAGCUGAACUUGCUGUUGAACCAAAGACAGAAUCCUAUGGUGACAUGAACAUGGAGAACUCGGUAUGUGCUCUUAACUCUCCAUCCAUCUUCCAUUUCUUGGGUGGUGCUGGAGACUGGGGAGAGGGACCUGCCUCUCACAGUACUUUGUUCGUUCUUCAGACGAAUGACCCUGUCACCAACAUAUGCCAUGCUGCAGAUAAGCAGCUUUUCACCCUUGUUGAAUGGGCCAAGCGUAUCCCCCACUUCUCUGACCUCACGUUGGAGGACCAGGUCAUUCUGCUGCGGGCAGGGUGGAAUGAACUGCUGAUUGCCUCUUUCUCCCACCGCUCGGUUUCUGUGCAGGAUGGCAUUCUUCUGGCCACGGGUUUACACGUGCACCGCAGCAGUGCCCAUAGCGCUGGGGUUGGCUCCAUCUUUGACAGAGUUCUAACUGAGCUGGUUUCCAAAAUGAAAGACAUGCAGAUGGAUAAGUCGGAGCUGGGGUGCCUGCGAGCCAUUGUGCUGUUUAACCCAGAUGCCAAGGGCCUGUCCAACCCUUCUGAGGUGGAGACUCUGCGAGAGAAGGUUUAUGCCACACUCGAGGCCUACACCAAGCAGAAAUAUCCAGAACAACCGGGCAGGUUUGCCAAGCUGCUGCUGCGCCUCCCAGCUCUGCGCUCCAUCGGCUUGAAAUGCCUGGAGCACCUCUUCUUUUUCAAGCUCAUCGGGGACACGCCCAUUGACACCUUCCUCAUGGAGAUGUUGGAGACCCCACUGCAGAUCACCUGAGCCCCACCAGCCACAGCCUCCCCAUCCAGGACUACCCCUGGACAGCUGUGUAUGGCCCCCACCCUGCACAUUUCCCUCCACCUCCCACCCUGACCCCCUUCCUGCUCCCAAAAUGUGAUGCUUAUAAUAAAGGAAACCUUUUACACAUGAGACUUUUUAUAGGUGGAGUUUUGUACCGAUGUUAAAGGUAACCCUUCUUUGCUA